UGCCUGGUUGCAGGCUGAGCAGUACAAAAGGCAAAGCAUGCACAACAAGACUUAUUUCCUGGUUUCUGCAGCCCAAAGAGCACGAGGGUUCCUCCGAUAAACCCAGUACAUCUGCUUGAAAUCUUUUGACUUGGGCUGACUAUCUGCUGUUUCAAUGUCUAAAACGAAGGAACACAGGAUCUUGGAGUAUGUGCUGAAGAAUGCAGAGCGUGGAAACCCUCAGAGCGUGGUGGACCAUAUUGAUAAAUAUUGUAGCCAAAAAGAAUGGGCCAUGAAUGUGGGAGAUGAGAAAGGUCUGAUCCUAGAUAAUGUGCUCAAAGAAACUGACCCGACCGUGGCUUUGGAGCUGGGCACUUACUGUGGAUAUUCUGCUGUCCGGAUCGCUCGCUUAUUGAAGCCUGGAGCUCAUCUGUUCACCGUGGAGAUGAACCCAGUCCAUGCUGAUGUGGCCAAUCAGAUGAUCGAGUUUGCUGGAGUUCAGGAUAAGGUGAAGAUACUGCAGGGUUCCACAGAACAGAUCAUUCCCACACUGAAAACUGAACAUGGGCUCCAGCACGUAGACUUUGUAUUUAUUGAUCAUUUUGGGAACAGAUACACAGCAGACACAAAGUUACUUGAGAGCUGUGGAUUACUCAAGAAGGGAUCUGUGUUAAUAGCAGACAACGUUCUUUAUCCGGGAGCUCCAGAUUUCUUAGAAUAUGUCCGGAACAGUGGCCAUUAUGAUUGCACCAACUUCCCAUCUCAUGUGGAGUAUACAGAUAAGGCAGAUGCAAUGGAGAAGGCAGUGUUCAGGGGAUAGUGUUCUAAUUAACUCCUAGUGAGAAAAGUGUUGGCUUAAUGCAUUGUAUGUGUUGCAGGUUGUUCAGUACUGCAGCCUAGUAAGACAGAUUGAUCAUUACAGCCUUUCACCAGCUGGAACUGCAAGUUACAAUAAGGCUUAAGCGUAUGAUCUAUACAAAUGUACCAAAAGCAUAAUUACAUUUUAUGAACUAAUAAAAAUAAAAUUAAAAAAAGAGAACAAACAAGACAAACUCUAAGCUUACAGCAGUUAUAUGACGCUCACAAGCACCGGACUGAAUCCUUAGACCAGCAUAUUACGGCUAUUUAUACUCUAUCAAAUGCAUGCUCCUAAGAAGUAGUCUCCACUACCUCUGUCCAGUCUUAUUUACAGCUCAUAUAUGUCUAGAAUUUCAGAAAUAUUGUUGCAACCCCUCAGACAUUGGGGGUCAUUCCGAGUUGUUCGCUCGUUGCCGAUUUUCGCUAUGCUGCGAUUUGUUGCUAAUUGCGCAUGCGCAAGGCACGCAGGGUGCAUGCGCUUAGUUAUUUAACUAAAAUCUUAGCAGUUUUGCUGUGGAUCCUGCGGCGCUUUUCAGUCGCACUGCUGAUCAGUGAGUGAUUGACAGGAAAGGGGCAUUUCUGGGUGGUAACUGAGCGUUUUCCGGGAGUGUGCUAAAAAACGCAGGCGUGUCAGGGAAAAACGUGGGAGUGUCUGGAGAAACGGGGGAGUGGCUGGCCAAACGCAGGGCGUGUUUGUGGCGUCAAACCAGGAACUAAACGGACUGAGGUGAUCGCAAUCUGUGAGUAGGUCUGGAGCUAAUCAGAAACUGCAAAGAAUUAUUUAUUAGCAAUUCUGCUAAUCUUUCGUUCGCUAUUCUGCUAAGCUAAGAUACACUCCCAGAGGGCGGCGGCCUAGCUGUGCAAUGCUGCUAAAAGCAGCUAGCGAGCUAACAACUCGGAAUGAGGGCCAUUGUUGUAUAUUACAUGCUCUAUCUUAAUCUUUAAAAGACUAUUAAGUGCAAGUGCCUGAAAGCGAGAUAUUAAGACCCAUAGGAGCACAAUAACAUCUUUUAAAUAAAUGAAUGUGAUUCAGGA